AUGUACAAUUCUUCUUCACAAGAUAACUAUACUUCUCAUUGUCACCGUCCUGCUCUUCCACCACCAUCUCCAGGCAUUUUUAUUAAUUCCUAUCAACAAGAUGGUGCACAACCUCAUAAUUCAGGAAAUACACUUGAAAAUACUUUACCACCUAUUUUAGCACCUUUAACGGGAACAACAUCAGCUAUAGCUGAACUACCACCAAAUAUAACUGACCAGUCACAAACAGCAGUUUCUAGACCUCGUCCCUCACGACCAAAAUAUAAGGUUAAGACAGAUAAAACAGCUUGGACCGUUGAAGAAGAUAACUUAUUACGGUUAGCGGUUCAACUUUAUGGGGAUAGGUCAGAGAAAUGGACAAAGAUAGCAGCCUGCGUACCUGGUAGAACAAAUAAAAUGUGUAGAAAACGAUGGUUUCAUUCACUUGAUCCAAAUUUAAGGAAAGGACCAUGGACAUUAGAAGAGGAUGAAUUAUUAAAAAAAGCAGUAGAAAAACAUAAGAGAGUUUGGUGUAAAGUUGCAGAAUCAAUUCCUGGUAGGACAGAUGAUCAAUGUGCUAAAAGAUGGAAAGAAUGUCUUGAUCCUGAAAUUGAUCAUACGGAAUGGUCAGAACAUGAAGAUAAUCUUUUAAUACAGAGAUUUUCAGAAUUGGGUAGUCAAUGGCAACAAAUUGCUCAAUCAUUUCCUGGACGUCCUGGAUUACAUUGUCCUAUUCAAAAUUCUCAUUCUACAUCAAAUAUAUCAUCUAAUUUAUCACCUGAACCAAUCACAAACAUGGUCACAUCCACUACAUCAAGUGGUCCUAGCAUUGCUUCGUUAUUAUCUUCUUCACCAAGUAUGAAUAUUCAGAAUACUGAAGUACAAGAUACUUUACAAAACACUUUACAAAAUACUUUACAAAAUACUUUACAAACAUAUGGUUGUGGUGUAACAACAUGUGAAAUGAAUUUUAGUAAUUCAAAUGGAUUAUAUUAUCAUAUGAAAGCAGCUCACCCUAAUGUUGGAAGUUCUGAUAAACCUUACCGAUGUGCACUUCCGGGAUGUUUUAAAAGAUAUAAAAAUAUAAAUGGUUUACAAUAUCAUAUUGCGGAAGCAAAAGGUUCUUCUGGACAUCAAUGUGAUAAUAAUGAAGAAGGUUCAUCCGAAAAUAUUAAACCUUAUAAAUGUCCAGUUCUUGGAUGUAAAAAUAGUUAUCGUAAUCUUAAUGGUUUACAAUAUCAUCAAAAAAGUGUUCAUAAUAAAGAUAACAAUGAUAAAUAUCUAACCAAUUUACUUGAAAUGAAUCAAUCCCAAUUUGAUGAUCAUCAUAAUGUCACAAAUAAUAAUAAUUCAAAUGAUCAAUCUAUAAAUGCAUUAGGAUCAAUUUUAUCCCUUUCAUCUGAACAAAAUUUUUCGAAUCAAAAUUAUAAUAAUUCUAUUAAAGAAUGUGGACAAACAUUUAUUAAACAAAAUCACACGCGUAAUGAUCAUUCGAAUUUGAAUCUCGGACUUGGACCACUAUCAUCUUUAAACGUUACAGAGUUUUUAUCCAUAACUUUCUCAUCAUCUUUGUAA